AUGGAGGAAGCAAACCAGUCCAUGGUAUCUGAGUUCAUUUUUCAUGGACUCUGUAAUUCAAGGGAGCUCCAGAAAUUCCUCUUACUGUCAUUUUCUGCACUCUACCUGGUGACUGUCCUGGGAAACCUUUUCAUCAUGCUCUUAAUCAUCACUGACUCUCAUCUCCAUUUCCCAAUGUACUUUCUCUUAGCCAAUCUCUCAUUUGUUGACUUCUGCCUUUCCUCAGUGACCACUCCUAAACUGACCACAGACUUCCUAAAGGAUAAUAAAACCAUCUCCUUUGGGGGCUGCAUGAGCCAGAUCCUCUGCGUACAUUUCUUUGGAGGGGGUGAGAUGGUACUGCUUGUGACAAUGGCCUAUGACCGUUAUGUAGCCAUCUGCAAGCCACUCCAUUACUCCAGCAUCAUGAACAGACAGAAGUGCAUCGGGCUAGUACUGACAUCAUGGAUCACUGGCUUUGUGCAUGCCACAAGUCAACUAGCUAUAAUUUUAGAUCUUCCCUUCUGUGGACCCAGAAUAGUGGACAGUUUUUUCUGUGAUAUUCCUCUGGUGAUCAAACUGGCCUGCAUGGAUACUCAUACUCUGAGACUGUUGAUAAAUGCUGACAGUGCAGUCUUGGCUACAACUUGCUUCAUUCUCUUGCUGAUCUCUUACACCUACAUCCUGGUGACUGUCUGUCUUCGCUCCAAGGAUGGGGCAUCAAAGGCACUCUCUACCUGCACUUCCCACAUCACAGUGGUGGUGCUGUUCUUUAGACCCUGCAUCUUCACCUAUCUGUGGCCACCUAGCAUCUCUUGGGUGGACAAGUUCCUUGCUGUGUUUUACACAGUAAUCACACCUCUCUUGAAUCCAGCUAUUUAUACACUGAGAAAUAAAGAGAUUAAGAAUGCCAUAAAGAGACUGACAAGUUAG